AUGGAAGGCAGGCGAGAUAUACUUCAACGUCUGGGAGACGAGGCAUUAUUGGAAAUUGCAGCGGCGUGCGAAGUGAAAGUCGAUGAUAUCGAGGACGUAUAUCCUUGUUCGCCAUGGCAACGUGCAGCUAUUGCCGGAUCGACUAAACAAAGCAACACUUUCUUCUUCCGCUCGAUCACAACGAUUCCUGCAGACAUGGACCCAGACCGAGUCUGCGAGGCUUUCCAUACGAUAACGCGCCGCAACGCUGUGCUGCGCACUCGAAUCGUAGACCUUCCCGCAGGCCUUGUGCAAGUCGUUCUACGGAACCCACCAGCCUUUGACCGGAGUACGGACUUGGAAGAAUACCUACGACGCGAUGAGGCGGAGCAGAAGCAGAUGGGCUUAGGCUCACCCCUGCUUAGACUUGCACUUAUCGAGUGCACCUUGGUCAUCACGAUUCAUCACUCCAUCUAUGAUAUUACUUCUUCGAAGGCAUGGCUGCAAGAUGUAGCAGCGCAGUAUCGAGGGCAAGCCGUCGAACAGAGAACGCCAUACAAAAAUUUCAUCGACUAUCUAUCGACCAUCAACGAGGAAAUGGCUCAGGCAUUCUGGAAGGGCCGAUUCUCACACACACCAAGCAUUUAUCCCGCGCUUCCAGAAGGUCACGUACCGCUCGCCACAAAUUCCAUCUCCAGGAAAAUUGCGUGCCCUGCGCUGACAAGCCGCAAAGUCACAAUGUCUCAGAUCCCAUUCUACGUCGAAGUAACAUGGGCGAUGGUCGCUUCGACAUAUACCAGUGGCGACACUAUCGCGUUUGGCCAAUUACUAUCGGGCCGAGUGCCGCGGCUUCGCCAGCUUGCAAACACACUGGGACCAAUCGCAACCACAAUACCUGUACAGGUCAAACUGGACUCUAGUACGACCAUUGCAGAACUUAUCAAGAUUCGCGCUCGAGAACGCCGCCAGGUGAAUUCUAGUGAUGCGCUUCAUUAUGAUAUGGCCAAGAUUCGUGCCGUCAGUGAGGAGGCACGGGUUGCAUCAUCAUACCAGACCAUCAUCAAUGUUGACCCGCACGUUGCGGGAGGGCGUGACGGAGGAACAGGUUCUCAGGGCUCAUUUGUUCAGGGUCUGGCACCCUAUUGCUUGUCUCUGGCGUUUCAAUUGGCAGAGAAACAUGUCGUCGUGGAUGCCUCUUAUGAUCCCCACGUCAUGGAUGAACGACAGAUGCGCAGAGUUCUUCACAUGUUUGAGUACUUCCUACAGAUCCUGACCAAUUCUCCUCCGACGCUAAAACUGGGCGACAUACCACGCAUCAGCCCACAGGAUCUCUCGGAACUGUUCAGCUGGAAUUCGACCUUCCCAGAACCCGUGGAGCAGUCUUUACAUGGUAUUUUCCAAGCGCAGUCUUCUCGUGCUCCCCAAGAAAAGGCUGUCGACGCAUGGGAUGGGUUUGCAACAUAUGCAGAGCUGGAUGAUAUGACCACUCGCUUGGCACAAGAACUCAUUCGCAAUGGUUUGGUCGUAGGCGACCGGGUUGCUGUCCUUGUGGACCGAUCUCUGCUUGCUGUGGUGUCGUUAUUAGCGAUCCAGAAAGCGGGUGGUUGCUGUGUUCCAAUCAACAUGACCGAUCCUCUCGCUCGCAAAGUGCUCGUCAUUGGUAAAUCGGGCGCGAAGAUUGUACUGACAUCAAUGGAGGAGAUAUUCGAGCCCAGCAACGAGGGCGCGCAACUCUUGCGAAUCAACCUCGAUACCAUCAAGGAAUACCCUCGAUCUCUCGAAGCAGAUCUACCAACUGUCUCGGCCAAUGAUUUGGCUUACCUGCUCUUCACCAGCGGAAGCACUGGCACACCGAAGGGCGUCAUGCUGGAACAUCGUAGUCUCGCUACUGCGUUGACAUCUUUGCGCGAGCCUUUGGGGCUGGGUAUUGGAGAUCGGCAUUUGCAGUUCGCAUCCCUCGUAUGGGACAUCAGCCUCUGCGAGAUCUUUGGGGCUCUUCUAUUUGGCAGCUGUGUCUGCAUUCCGUCAAAUCAAGAUCGCGAGUCGGGCUUAGCUGCUUACAUUCGUGACCAGCGCAUCGAUUUCGCCAUCUCGACUCCAACACUGAUUCGUACUCUCUCGCCGUCAGAGGUACCAGCACUCCGAAGAAUUACAUCAAUUGGCGAGGUGGUCGACCCCAACGCCGCUUCAAUCUGGGGAGACAAGAUCCAUUUCGUCAAUGCCUGGGGACCAUGCGAAUCUUCCAUAAUGAGCACUUGUCACAAGCUUACUCCGGAUGCGCCGUUCCAGGACACCAUCGGUCGGCCACUGGGCUGCGCCGUUUGGAUCACGGAUCCUGCAGAUCCAGACAAGCUUGCUGCCAUUGGGUCAGUAGGAGAACUGCUAGUCGAAGGAGUGACUGUGGCCAGAGGGUAUAUGGAUGAGCCAGCGAAGACAGCAGCGGCUUUCAUACAGACUCCGACUUGGGCUAAGAAGCGAUCGGUUCAACCGCCGCAUCCCACAAGAUUCUAUCGCACAGGUGACCUGGCAAGGUACUAUCCGGAUGGAACCAUCUCGUUCAUUGGCCGGCAGGACAACCAAGUCAAGAUCCGAGGAGUCAGAUUCGAAUUGGACGAAGUCGAGCACCACAUUGUGUGUCAAGCCGAUAUCGUUCGAGACGCUAUGGUCACAGUACACUCGUCUUCUCCAGGCCGCAAAGACGUGGUGGCCAUUCUUUCCUUCAAUGAUCAUUCUAUCCCAAACGAUGUUUCACUGGGUGAGAUACCUGGCGAUCAUCACGCCAAAAUGGCCAAGCACCUGAAGACCGUGCAAGCGUACGUUGACACACGGCUGCCAUCCUACAUGGCUCCCAGGUACUGGCUUGCUGUGCAACGACUUCCUCGGACUGUGUCUGAAAAGCUUGACCGCACAGCAAUCAAAAAGUGGGUAGCAAAGCAAGAUCCGUCAUCCUGGCUUUCACCGGACCAGCAACAUACCGAGUCAGUCGACGGCCUCACCUCUGUCUUAACAGCCCAAGAGAUUGCAAUGCGAGCAGUAUGGUCAUCAGUACUUUCUAUGCCGGAGCCACAGCUUCAUAAAGAAAGGUCUUUCAUUGCGCUGGGAGGUGAUUCUAUAACUGCAAUGCAGGCAGCCACGAGGCUUCGGAAGGCGGGCUACAGGAUUUCUGUGGCAUCACUACUGCUCAGCAAGAGUCUUGCAGAAGCCGCUGAGAAGGCUGAAUCAAUCACGGAGAAAAUCUCAGAGGUGAAUAACUUCGACGAUGUAGCCCCAGUCGCAGAUGCCGGGCCUGAAGGCAUAAACACAAAAGAGAUCGAUGAAGUGAUGAGCGAGCGUCUCACGCAAGUUGGAUUCACUCCAUCGGACGUAAACUCUGUAUUGCCUUGCACGCCAAUGCAGGAGGGUAUUCUGUUUGCGCAAGCAAGGGAUACUGAGGGAGCUUACCUGGAUCGCAUUGUCUUCAAGGUCACUUUUGCGCAAGGCCAAGAGAAGAUCGAUGUCAAGAGACUGGGUGACGCUUGGAAUGCUGUGUGUUCUGCCAAUAGCAUACUGCGAACGACUUUCACAAGCGGCUUGAUUGACGAUAGCGCCUUCCAGCAAGUCGUCCUCGAUCAGAAUGAGCCUGAGGUUGCAUAUUCUCACCUGUCAUCGCUUAUGGUCAGCGAUCCGAACGACACAGCCGCCCUUUUGGAAUUGCCCAGGUCGAUGUUCCAAGAUGGGCGACCUUCUCAUCACUUGCUGCUGAUCGAAGCCUCGGAGUCAUUGGCAUAUAUGGUUCUAGACAUCUCACAUGCGCUGGCCGAUGCGACAUCGAUCUUCCUGCUAGGUAAGCAGCUAGGCCGCGCAUACGGAAGCACGACCAGCCUUCCCAAGUCCCUCGAUUUUGCGCACUACGUCUCUCACCUCAAAAAGUACGAUGAAGCUUCGUCCCAAGCCUACUGGCAGGAGUACCUCUCUGACGUACGUCCAUGCCUAAUAUCGGCACCUGGCGCCAUAUCAGAGCCAUCUGAAUCGAUGAUUGUUCGUGGAGCUAUUGACGACUGCAUUUCGAACGGGCCAAGAAUAAACGCCUUUUGCCACGAGCAUGAGACUACGGCCGCGAGUUUGCUCCAGGUCGCUUGGACUCUGGCGUUAGGACGCUACACCGGCUGUCCCCGUGUCUGCUACGGCUAUGUCUUCUCCGAUCGACACUCCGUGGAUGGUGCAGCUGAUAUUGUUGGCCCACUCAUAUCGAUGCUUCCAGUGAAGUGUGAUAUAGUGUCUGGCAGCAUCUCUGCACUCCUUGCUACGACGCAAGAAGACUUUGCUCGAAGCAUUGAACAUCCCCACUGCUCGCUACACGCGAUUCAAGGUUCCUCGUCCACACCUCUGUUCAACACUGCUUUGUCUAUCCAGAAAUUGCCACCACAGAAUCUGGCCGAGGACAGCACGGCGAUCAAAAUCGAGAUUGCCGCUGUACACGAUCCUACAGAAUAUGCGGUGGUUCUCAAUGUCGCUUAUGACGAGGACGUGAUCUUAUGCAGGCUGAAUUACCAGAAACAGCAGGUCUCUGAUUCUGUGGCGCACGAGAUCGUGGGAACAGUGAAGAGCGCGUUGGCUGCGAUCAUAACUGGACCUGCGAAACCUUCGCUCUCGGUGCUUCGCGAAAUCACGCCGCCUUUCGCGAAAAUGACCGCAUUCGAAACCUUUGACAGCAAGACCGCUGACGAAGUCCGUCGCCAAGCAGCAGCACAAUGUGAGCUUGUUAGGAGUGCUGUCGAGGACGUCUUUCCCUGCACGACUCUACAAACUGAAUCGCUGGCUUCUUCAAUGAACGAUGCUUCUCAGAGCAUGAAGCAGUACGUCGUACCGGCUAAGGAAGAGAUGCCUUGCGAUGAUCUGUGCGCAGCUUUUGAAGUGGCACUGGCCUCCAUUCCCGCUUUACGCACGCGUAUUGUCAAUCUCAGCAGCCAUGGAAAUUUGCAAGUCGUGACUAAGCCUCGCCCGCAGUGGGCUGAAAGCGAGGACCUCCAGGAGUACCUUGCAUGGGACCAGGAUAUCGGCGUCCGCUAUGGAGGCCAACUAUGCCGUCUCGGGAGGAUUGAGCAAGAGGAUGGCCAAGAUUUCGUCGUGCUUUCAGCACACCCGGCGGUUGCAGAUCGAUGGACAGUCCGCAAGUGCUUCGACAUCGUCGAUCGAGCCUUGCGCGGCGAGAAGAGUCCGAAAUUGUUGUCGAUGGCUGGCAUCAUUCAUUCGCUGAACGAUGGAAGCUUGACAGCAAACGGUAUAGCAAGCUGGGCAGCACGACUUGAGCAUCAUGGCGAUGCUGUUCGUUUCCCUACACGGGCUGCCGUCACCCAAAGAGGAUCUUCAGAGGUAUCAACUGCAUCUCUUGUACUCGAUAACAAUCUUCACAACGUGAAGAGCCAAUCAGCAUUGCUCCAGGCUGCCUGGGCGCUCUGUUUGUCCAGGCGAACCGGUCAGUCGAAGGUUUUGUUCGGUGUAUGGAUCGAUGGCCACGACUCGCCCUUGCUGAAUGCUGAAAACGUCAGUGGAAGACUUGGCACUGUUCUGCCUUAUGCCCUUGAUGUAUCUCAUGAGGAUUCUUUCCAAAAGCUGCUAGAUGCAACGACCAAGUACUCGGCAGAAGCUUCUAUGGUCAUGCACAGUCUCUCCAGCUACCGUUCUGGACUUGACCAGGCAGAGAAAGAGAAAAUGACUGCUCACGUGCUGAGGAUAGACCAGCAAGAUACCAAAGAACAUGACCCUGUCGCCGGCACUUUCAGAGACGUCCGCACGAGAGACGCAGAAUUUUGCACCUUUGACUUGAUGAUCGAUUGCAUCGUGGGCUCGGAGGGGACGACAAUUGAAAUGAAGUCGAUCGCCAAUAUCCUCGAUGCCCGUCAGCUGAAUAUACUGAUCCAUCAGUAUGACCACGCCAUCAAACAUAUAUACGAAGCCUCACGCGAAGAUGGGUCGAGAAAGCUGUCGGAAACUCUAACGAUGAGCGACUACGAACUGGAACUGCUCCGACAGUGGAAUAGCAGCAACGUCAGCACAGUAGAAGGAUGCCUUCACACGCGUAUUGCACAUGUCUCCAAACGGCAACCGAGUGCUCCGGCCGUUUGUUCGCCGGACGUUGAACUCAGCUAUACACAACUCGACUCUCUGGCUGAACGUGUUGCUCGCCGCUUGCGCGGAGUUGGAGUACGCGAAGGACAAGUGGUACCAUUUCUGUACAAGAAAUCGGCAACCCCGGUAGUCAUCAUGCUCGGAAUCUUGAAAGCAGGCGCGGCAGUGCUUGGACUGGACUCAAACUCUCCGACACAACGUCUGCAGGAGAUAUGUCGAGAUGCUUGCGCGUCUGUGAUCAUUUGUGCUUCAGAGCUACAGCACAAGGCUGAAGCGCUGUCUUCUUCCGCACGAAUUUUGACUCUGGAUCUAGACAUGAUUCGGAAGCUGCCAGAUUCUAACGAAGUGGCUGCUAUCGAUGGCGAUCCGUCGAAUCUUGCCUACGUGAUUUACACCUCGGGAAGCACAGGGAAGCCUAAAGGUAUCAAGGUGCGACAUUCCAACAUCAUGACUAGCUUGAUCAGUCACCUCGAACCCUUCGGGAUCAACACGAAUACAAGAAUGCUACAGAUUUCCAGCUUUGCUUUCGACAUGAGCAUAGUCGAGAUCUUCCAAACCUUGCUCGGCGGAGGCUGCAUCUGCAUCCCUACUGAAGAAGAGCGUUUGCACGAUGUCGAGGGUGCCAUCAGCCGGACACAAGCCAAUUUCAUGUACACAACGCCAUCUCUUGCACGGCUGAUGGACCCUUCUAUGGCCUCGACAUUACAAACUCUGGUACUGAUGGGAGAAAGUCUAACCAUGGAUGCAGUCGAGCUCUGGCGCUCAAAGCUUCGAUUGAUGGCAUGCUACGGUCCUGCAGAGACUGCCGCGCUCUCCAGCUGCACUGAUAUUAACGUUGACCAGAUCUCCAAUCUGGGUUUACCAAACGGCUGCAAGUACUGGGUUGUCGAUGAGACCGACCACAACAUCCUUUCGCCUCUCGGGCGGGUCGGCGAGCUGCUGAUUGAAGGACCUAUUGUGUCGGCCGGGUACAUCCAAAACGCCGAGAGGACAGCAGAAGCCUUCAUAUCGAGGCCAAUAUGGGCUGGAGCAAUAUCGUCGUCGAAUCGCGAGCAGAUCUUUUACAAGACUGGAGAUCUGGUCAUUCAGAACGCUGACGGAUCUCUUGCCCACUGCGGCCGCAAAGACCUCCAAGUCAAGGUGCGUGGAUUUCGAAUAGAAUUGAGCGAAAUUGAGUACCACAUCAGGAAGAAAUUUGUGGACUGGCACGCCACUGCGCUACUCGUCCGCCCUCAGGAUGAUACGGAGAACGCACUCCUUGUCGUUUUCUUAACAGGAACGAAAGGCAAUUCGCAUGCCCGUGAGGACAGCCCACAGCUCCUUGCGCCGGUGCCAGCCCUGGCAAAAGCUAUGCGCAAGAUUUUGUCAGGUUGCCUUCCGCCAUAUAUGGUCCCAGACAUCUUCGUCCCGCUCUCGAUGGUUCCCCUGAACGCCUCUGGCAAGACAGACAGACGCCUGUUGAAGGCUCUGAGUGAAGCGAAGAAUGUUUCAGAAUUGCUCAAGUACUCUGCGCUCAUCGAUCGCCCUUUCGACGGAGAAGCAGGAGCGGCCGUGACUGAGGCUCAGACGCACUUUCAGCCGCUUUUGACAUCAGACGAAUUGGUUCUGCGCCAACUUUGGUCGGACGUGCUGGUGCUUCCUGAAUCUUCCAUUACCAAAAGCAGUGACUGGGUGGCCUCUGGAGGAAACAGCCUGAAAGCAAUUCAGUUGGCAGCAAAGGCACGACGACAGAAACUUCCCAUUACAGCCAUCGAUGUUAUCCGACACCCUACAUUACACGGCAUGGCACAAUUACUCUCCGGGACACAACCGCGAACGAAAUUGAAGUCGGAGCCUGCAGGAACAGCAGUGGUGAGGCCUUACUCACUCCUGUCAACUGACACAGCUGUUGCUCGAUUUCACGCUGCAAGAUCCUGCGGCAUUGCUGGAGGUGACAUCGAAGACGUCUAUCCUUGCACUCCAAUGCAAGUGGCUAUGAUGUCGCAAACGCUGCAACGUCCCGGUGAUUAUGUGGCACACUGGAAUAUGGUCCUUCCAGACCAUGUUGAGCCAUCGCGCUUUGCGAAAGCAUGGACCACGGUUUGCAGACACAUACCCAUUCUUCGUACAAGCAUUGUGGAUAUUCCGUGCCAAGAGGGACUCGUACAAGUGGUGCACGCGCCCUCUCUAGUCGACGAGCUAUUGCCAGAAGACGGAGACGAAGAAGAGCCUGGAGCGGUUGCUGUCAUCGAUCUCGGUGCUCCCUUGAGCCAGGCGCGACUGAGGAGAUGCAGGACUACCGGCAAAUAUCAAUUCAACUGGACAGCAUUCCAUGGCAUAUAUGACGGUUGGUCAGCUUCACUCAUACUGGAGGCGCUGUCGACGGCGUACAAGGGCCAGAGCCUCCCUCAAUUCACGCCAUUCCAUCCCUUUGUCGAGCACACCUUGUCCGUGACCCACAGUGCCAAAUCUGAGGCAUUCUGGCGCAGGCAAUUCGAAGGGAUCGAGGUCACGCAUUUUCCACCACUUCCUGAGCCAAGCUAUCUGCCCCGACCAGAGUCUGCCUUUAGCUACAAUGUCGAGAACCUGCAUCCUCCGACUCAAGGCGUGACUUUGCCAGUUAUCCUUCGCGCAGCUUGGGCAACAUUGCUUGCAAGCUAUGCAGGCACAACCGAAACUGUUUUUGGCGCGGUGGUCAACGGCAGAGAGAUCGACAUUCCAGGCAUCGAUCGAAUGCCCGCGCCGACAUUGGCCACUGUGCCUGUCCGAGUUUCUGUUGCCUCUGAUCUCACCGUCGAGAUGUUGCUCUGCAAUGUGCAAGAACAGACUAUGGAGAUGACUCCGUGGGAUCAAACGGGCCUGCGACUGAUUGCGAAAGCGAGUCCGGAGGCGGAAGAGGCGUGUCGUUUCCAGACAUUGCUACUUGUCCAACCACCAAGCGACAAGAGCUGGCAGAGUGCUAAUGGUGAAGUAAUCAUUGAGUCAGUCAAGAUCCGAUCGAACUCAGCCGCUGCGCUUCUUGGACCAUACGGGGUCGUCCUGGAGUGCGAGCAGCAUGAAAAUGGUAGGCUCCAUCUGCAAUUCAAUUUUGACGCCAAGGUAGUCGACAAUGCAAGGAUAUCCCGCAUUGCUCGCCAGCUUGAGCACAUCCUUCGCAAGUUGUGCCAAGUCGCUGACCAAAAAGAUGAGAAUACUACGAUAGCCAUGGUCAAAGCUGCCGGAAAUGAAGACCUCCAGCAGAUCUGGCAAUGGAAUGGGUCAGUACCUGAGACAGUCGAUGAAUGCGUUGAUCAUCUCAUCGCAAAGACCUUCGAGACUCGACCAGCCGCUCCCGCAAUCUGCGCCUGGGACGGCAGCUUGACAUACUCAGAGCUGAACACCUUGUCGGCACGACUUGCGCAGUACCUCGUUCAGCGUGGCAUCGGACCUGGGAAAAUCGUGCCUCUACUCUUUGAGAAGUCGAUGUGGAACCCAGUCGCAGCUUGGGCAAUAAUCAAAGCCGGUGGUACUUCGAUUAUGCUCGACGCUUCCCUGCCAACAGAUCGCCUUGCCACUAUACUGGAACAGGUCGACGUCUCAUUGCUUCUUUCGUCAAAAUUGCAAUGCCGAUUGGCAGAGUUCCUUUCGAAAGGUGUACCAGUGGUUGUGGUCGACCGUGAAAGUAUCGAGGCUAUUGCUGUCUCAACACCAUCCCGCAAACCUGUACGAGACAUCUCAAAGCCUAGCGACACAUUGUACCUCUGCUUUACAUCCGGCAGCACAGGUCAACCCAAAGGCAUCAUCACCUCGCACGCAAACUUUUCGAGCGCUCUCCGCCACCAGUCACCCCAUCUAAGCCUCGGCUCAAGCAGCAGGGUCUUCGACUUCUCUUCAUACAGUUGGGAUAUGGCAUGGUACAAUUUGCUACACACCCUCUACGCUGGCGGCUGUCUCUGCAUACCAAGCGAUGCAGAGCGUAAGGAGGAUAUCUCGGGAAGCAUGAUUCGACUCAACAGUAAUUGGAUAGCGACCACGCCGACAGUUGCUAGUCUCAUUGACGACGACGCACUGCAGAAUUUAGCCCACAUUGAAGUGGUGGGCGAGACGCCGGGACAAGAGCUGCUCGCCAGACUCAAGCAAGGUGGCCGACUUCGGCAUCGCAACAUCUAUGGGCCAAGUGAGUGUACUGUUGUUGCUACUGGAUCAUCGGACAUGCGCGACUCUGCUCAUGUUGGCUGGUGCGCCGGACUCGUUCCUUGGAUCGCAGAUCCUGAUACUGGCAAGCACUUGACACCAAUAGGCUGUGUGGGAGAGCUAUGGCUGGAGGGACCGCUUGUCAGUCAAGGCUACGUUGGGCAACCUCAACUUACUGAGGCGUCAUUCGUGGACACUCCGCCAUUUGCGGCACAAGGCAGCCCGCGACCAUAUCAGCGAAUGUAUCGUACUGGAGAUCUUGUGCGGUACGAACCAGAUGGCAGUCUCUCAUUCUUGGGUCGCAAAGAUGCUCAAGUCAAGAUUCGAGGGCAGAGGCUGGAGCUCAGCGAGGUGGAAUUCCACUGUAGGCGACUGCUGAACAGCCAAAAUGGGCAUCAAGCUCAGGCGGUCGCAGCUGAAUUGGUGAAGCCUCAUGCCUCUCGAAAGCCUGUUCUGGCAUUGUUCAUUCUGCCAGAAGGAGCACAGGACAUGGGCGAAGAGGAAGUGGUCCGUCAUGUGCAGUCGAUGGUGAUGGAACUUGAUCCUAGACUUGCUGAAGUGGUCCCUAGCUAUAUGAUACCAAGCAUAUACCUUCCGCUGACCAAGAUUCCGAUCAGCGCGACGGGCAAGCUGGAUUGUCGAGAGCUCCGCAGGCUGGGUCAGACUAUCAAACCAAUACAAGAGACAGGAUCAAAGCCAGUGUUCACAGCACCAGCAACGGAGAAAGAACGCGUGUUACAAGAAAUCUGGGCAAAGACUCUGACACUGCCUGUCUCCUCACUGUCGGUCGAGUCCAGGUGGUCAGACAUCGGAGGCGACUCAAUCACAGCCAUGCAGGUAAUAGCUGCGGCUCACAAGCAAAGGAUAGAACUGAAGAUGGGUGAUUUGCUCCGCUUCCAGACCAUUCGGCGUCUUACAGCCGCGACCGACACCGACGACGACAAAGCCGAUGAAGUGCUCACAGUCUUCCGUGGAGUCAAGCCUGUUCGGCCUGACGAACGCGUUGUGCUUUCUCCUGUGCAACAGUGGUACCUGGACAACCACUCCUCCGCCGAUGGCUUCGACAUUACAGUGUACCUCGAGCUCAAAUCUAGGACGACACCUCAGAUACUUCGUGCUGCCAUCGAGAAAGUGAUGGCGCGUCAUGAGAUGCUUCGAGCUCGAUUUGCGCGGGACGAGCAGUCGCGGUGGACGCAGUGCUUCCACGAAGACUCCCAGUCUUCGUACGAAUUGCAGGUCGCUACGGGAAUCGCCGAGGAGAAACGCCUGCCCUUGAUGCAACGCUGCUGCCAGCAGCUGAAUUUCCACGAAGGACGAUUGCUGUCUGUGGUGUUCUUCGACGGUACGCCUUCAAGCUCUGAUCAAGACCUGUUCAUCACUCUGAAUCAUUUGGUCUCUGAUUAUUGGAGCUGGCGCAUCAUCGUGCAAGAUUUGGAGCAUAUCCUUGCUGGAAAAGAAUUCGUAAGCGCGGCUCCGACCAGCUUCUUGACUUGGGUGCGUGCUCAAGAGCAAUUUGCGAUAGCACAUCUGAAUACAAACAUCACCAGAUCCUCCCAAAAUCAAACCGUCCAGGCGCAGCCAGAAUACUGGAGCACGGCGAAGAAGACCAUGCGGAUAGUGAACAGCUUCAACGUCAGUGCCCAAGAGACGUCGGCCAUUGUCGACUACUUCGCUGCGAAAUUUCAGGCUCGGCCCAUCGAGAUCAUCGUCGGCGCCAUCGUUGCCAGCUUCGCAGAGGCUUUUCCAGAGCGGGCAAGCAAACUUCCACCAUGCUACUGCACUUCGAAUGGACGCGAUGCAGGCGGAGUAGACCUUUCGCGCACGGUGGGCUGGUUUACGGGCGUAUUCCCAGUCCAAGUGAAGCUGAAGGAGGGCGAGGAGGCGAACCUGCAGACAGUCGUGCAAUCAUCCAAAGCCGCUCACAGCGCCUUGCCUCGAUACAGCUGGUCACAUCUUGCUUCGAAAUACUAUUCUCCUCACAAGCAACAGAAAGAUUGUGAGGAUGUGUAUGAGCUGUUCCUCAACUUUUUGGGAGAUUCGAUGAAGUCGUUGGAGGAAAAGAGCGAUUCCAUGUUUCAGAUUCGACCUACGCCACCGGGAGCGCGUCCGCCAGAGUCAUCUAAUGAGUGGAGGCUUGUGGCCAGUUUCGAGGUUUCGGGACAUGUUGCAGAAGGAGGAUUUGCAUUCUCUGUUGCGUAUACUUGUGAAGCUGAGAAGGGAGAGAGGUUUGUGAGGUGCUUUAGGGACACACUUCAUCGGAUGGCCAUGUUGGCAGAGUAGACCAGAAAGCAAUAUGCGUGAGAAUUGCAGUUUCCAAUGAGCGUUCGUCAUCAUUUUUU